AUGCGAUUCUCAGUCGCCGCCCUUGCCUUUUUGACCGCUCUUGCCGACGUUGCUGUUGGGCAGAACAGUUGUGGGGCUACAGCAGCGGGCUGUCCCACUAUUCGAGACGAUGCUACUUCGAGGGCAAGCUGUUCUUCGUAUUUUACCCAAAAUUCGAUUAAAACCUCGACAUGCUACACCGCAACUGUGCUUACAACCCACUAUAAUUUGACAAGAACCGAGACAAGGACAUUUUAUGAAACGAUAGAUGCCACUUUAACCUCGGUUGAUACUAUCACGUCAAAUAUUGAAGCCUCGACUGUGACGGUAGAACCGACUUCAACUGUUUUCGUCACCGGGACUGCGUAUGAGACGGCGACAACAUUAACAAAUACCAUUGAGACUACGUUUACUUCUUAUUCGACGGUGGUGACAGUCUCAACGUAUACCACCACAGUUACGGGAUUCCCUCCAAGUACUACUUCAACAGGCUCAGUUCCCUCGACGUUAGCAAAAUUACGUAGACGCCAGGCCGUAACUGUUCCAGGCGAUUGCUCAUGCUUUCUAUUCACAUCUACCGUUAGAACCCGUGCAGCUUACGAAUUUCCGACUGCGACGACAACAAUUACCAUAUCGACGACGGUUCAAGUGACUAACUACGCAACGGUGACCGGUUCAACGACUGUAUCUGUAACAGGGGGGGUUGUAACCACAACUGCGUGGGUGGUUUCAACGGUAUCUGUAACCAAUACUCUACUUGCCACAGCAGUCACCGAAACCACCACAACGAUCACCCGAACGGGAACCACAACCACCACUAACGUAGUUUCCGAAUAUACUUACGUACCACCUAAUGUUCCAGAUCCGACUGCCUGCCCUGAAAAUAUAGGUCUUGAGGUCGCAAUAUAUGAUAAUCCGUACAGAAUCCCUGAGGGAGGGCCCUCCCCACCCGGUUACAACAACUUCGUCCCGGAAUACUUCAAAACCAGUCAACCCUAUGAUCAGAAUCGGACGAAUGCAGUUGGAUUUAUCUGGCGUCAGGAAGAUCCCGAGGGCCUCAACUAUGAUCGGUAUGGUAUGAAGGCUAAGGUCACUACUUAUAACACCCUCGAACCAGGCGCCGAACACGUUAUCAAUCAUCGCGGUUAUUUCUACGCGCCCAAAACCGAAACCUACAGCUUCAGAAUCUUUAACGCUGACGACGCUGGCUGGCUCUGGGUUGGUCAGAACGCAUACACCGCUUGGACUCGGGCGAAUGCCAACGCACUAUCUGUUUAUAGAUCUUCUAACGCCUCAAAUACCUUCACGAUCACACUGACUGCCGGCAGCUAUACUCCCAUGAGGAUUAUCUACGCCAACGGUCUCAGAUCUGGGUAUUUUAGCUUCGAGAUUAAAGAUUCGGCAGGCGAAGCAUACGUAGAAAAUCGCACUCCAUCCCCUUAUCUUGUCGCAUUUGCUUGUGAUAAACCCCAGGAAGCCCCGCCAUUCAACGCUUUUGGUUCCGAAAAUUCAAUGCCUAUGGGACCUCCAGACACUAGCUGCAACAAUGCUGGUAUGGAGGCCGCGAUCUUCGACAACCCCUAUGUCAGCGACGGAACUCCGGCCUGGGGAGAUUUUCUCGUUGAAACCUAUAAAUAUCGCACACCCACCGAAAGAGAAAAGAUUGUCACAUCGAUAGGAAUCGAUUGGGCCGCUACAACUGUUGGUGGAGUUCAUCGCCCUUUUGGAUGGACGCCCAAUCAAACCAGCCUUCGUUAUGCCAUACUAUGGCGCGGUUUUUUCUAUGCCCCCAGAUCUGGAGAAUACACCAUCAAGGUCUCAAGAGGUGAUAAUUUCGGCGCGUUCUGGACAGGUGAUAUAGCAAGGUCCGGUUGGACUAGAGCGAAUGUCAACGCCAUAACCUAUUGGGUUUCGCCCGACUUCGUAAACGGAGAAGCUACCUUCACUCUCGUUGGAGGAACUUUCUUACCACUCCGUGUCAUUACGGCAAAUACCGGCGCGGCUUCAAGAUUAGACUUUGAGAUCCUCGACGAGAAGAACAAUUAUUACGUUAGACCGAGUGUUCCCAGCGCUUACCUCGUGCGUUUUGGCUGUGGCGGAACGGCUUAUCCAUUUGGAGAUCCAUUUGGGGAGGAGAGUUAG